AUGGAAAUAUUUGACUCAUUCUUCCUCCUAUUAAGCCUAGCAGGACUUUGGAAGCCGCGAGGCUGGCGAGGAAUCAAAGCUUUCUGUUAUUACAUCUACCAACUAAGCGUAGUAUUAUCCGAGCACCUCUUCAUAAUCUCAGGUGCCCUGGACCUCCAGUUUAAGAAUAUCGAGCUAGAAGCUCUGGUCGACAAUUUGGCGCUGCUGCUGGUGAUAAUCCUCUGCCGCCAGAAGAUGGCCUGCGUGAUAUCCAACCGCGAGGCUGUCAAGUCAAUACUUGAGUCUUUGGGAAAGCCGCCAUUUAAACCCAGGGAUCAUCAGGAGGAACUCAUUAUCCAGAAGUUCAACAGAUUCGUCAAAAAAAUUUUCAUCUGCUACCCGGCGACCUUCAUUGGAGCGCUGUUACUCUAUUCAGGCUCCCGGUCAAACAUUGUUGAUCCUCCUUACAUCCUGCCGUACAAAGGAUGGUUCCCUUACAAUUACACCAGCCCGACAAUCUACUGGAUGACAGCCUUGUUCCAGUUGUACGCAGUCUACAUCGCUACUGCCAUUGACCUGGUCUUUGAUCUUCUUCUAGCUGGGAUUAUAUGCUACCUUCGCUCCCAAGUCGGGAUCCUCCGGCACAGAUUUGAGGUUAUGGUCCAGAAAUUGGAAGUUAGCGCUGAUAGGGAAAGGAGUCUUGUUGCUGAAUGGGUUCAAUUUCAUGUUCAUAUUGUCAACUUGGUUAAAUAUCUUAAUAAAAUAUUCUCCAGUGUUAUAUUUGUACAAUAUACAUCAAGUUCUCUGAUACUUUGUACGCUUGCUUACUUAAUGGCUCAUACAGAGGUUACGACUAUCAAUUUUUUAGGUUACUUUGGAUUUUUAGCGGGAAUGUAUUUGCAAAUAUUUCUUCAGUGUUACUGCGCACAUAUAUUGACUUCUGAAUUUUUGAGUGUAUCAAGAGGAAUAUGCACCACAAAUUGGUUCAACUUGAGUAAUGAUAUAAAAAAGUCAAUUGUUAUAAUAAUGUGCAAGUGUGACAAGCCUGUUUUGAUAGCCAGCGGUUUCUUCUUUGUUCUAUCCCUGGACUCCUUCACUAAGGUUUCAAAGCUUGCUUACUCUAUUUAUAAUGUACUAGAGUGA